AUGGUGACCACGGUUGUCUGCCCCCCGGCCGACGAGCAGCCAGCCCUGGUGGCCCUUGCGUCCUCCAGGGCCGUCCUCACGCUGCCGGACGAUUCUCUUGUCCUCUCGCCUGCCACCAUCUUGAUCAGCCCCCAGACCGGCAAGAUCGUGUCCAUCACACCGCAGGUGCUGCCUCCCUCGGCCUUUGACCUGGCCGCCACCCGCUAUGUGGACUACUCGCCACAGCUGCUCAUGCCCGGCCUCGUCGACGCUCACGUGCACCUCAACGAGCCCGGCCGCACAGAGUGGGAGGGUUUCCACACGGGCACGCGUGCUGCUGCUGCCGGUGGCGUGACCACCGUCGUCGACAUGCCGCUCAACGCCAUCCCGCCCACCACGACCUUGGCCGGCUUCCGCGCCAAGCUCGAUGCCAGCCGUGGCCAGUGUUGGGUCGACGUGGGCUUCUAUGGCGGCCUUGUCCCCGGCAACGCCCACGAACUGCUGCCGCUGGUCGAGGCCGGCGUGCGCGGCUUCAAGGGCUUCCUCAUCCACUCGGGCGUCGACGAGUUCCCGGCCGUCGGACCCGAAGACAUCGCCACCGCCUUGCAAACACUGCGAGAUGCCGACACCACCCUCAUGUUCCACGCCGAGAUGCUGCCGUGCGGCACCGUCGAAACCUCGGCAGCCGAUGCCACAGCAGCAGCCCUGACAGCCGCCCAAGACGGCAGACCUGAUGCCUACGACACCUUCCUGGCGUCCAGGCCGCCCUUGUUCGAGACCACAGCAGUCGAGCAGAUCGUCACACUGGCGCCGCUCGCACCCAAACUGCACCUGCACAUUGUCCACCUGUCGGCCACCGAGUGCAUCCCUAUCCUGCGCCAGGCCCGAGCCAACGGCAUCCACAUCACGGCCGAGACGUGCUACCACUACCUGGGCCUCGCUGCAGACGACAUCCCCGAUGGCGACACGCGCCACAAGUGCUGUCCGCCCAUCCGCAACCAGAUCAACCAGGAUGGUCUGUGGGAAGAGCUUGGCCGGCCCGACAGUGUUAUUCGCACCGUCGUGUCCGACCACUCGCCCUGCACCCCGGAUCUGAAGCUUUUGCCGGGCCAUCUCGAGCCAGCUCCUGGGUCUCCGAGUCUGUCUGCCGAAGAAAUCGAUGGUCCAGCCCCCAUGCGUCACUCCGACUCCGGUAUCGAUAUGACCCUGCCCAGCGACGAGAUCAAGGCCGCGACAUCGGCAGUAACGGCAACCAAGGUCAUCGCUGUUGAGGAGCGCGGCGACUUCAUGGCCGCCUGGGGUGGCAUUGCAUCCGUCGGCCUGGGCCUGUCUGUCAUGCACACGGCCUCGCUGGCAAGAGCCGCGGCCAAGGACAAGCAGUCUUGUCACAGCAGCUGUACUGGCCAACAUGAUUCGACGCAUAGCUCGGUUCCCACCAUCCUGGACAUCGUCCGCCUCUGCUGCCAAGCCACUGCGCAACAGGUCGGCCUGGCUCACCGCAAGGGUGGUCUGCGAGCCGGCAUGGACGCCGACGUGUGUGUGUUUGAUGACGCCCUCAGUUGGACCCUGUGUCCGGGUGACAUGCGCUGGAAGAACCGCUGUUCGCCUUGGGAGGGCCACACAUUCCAGGGUCGCGUGCGGGCGACAUGGCUGCGCGGCCAGCCUGUCUUUGAGCUCAGCGCUUCAAACGGCGGCUUCGGCACUGCACCACCCGUCGGCGAGGCUAUUUUGGAGAAGCGACUGCCCGCAGCGCUGGCUGCAUAG